ACAUAAAGUGCUUUGGAGUAAAAAAAGAACAUUUUGUAGUAACCAUGGCAGUCAAUUUACCUGAGAAAAAGUGCAGGAAAGGAGGUAAAAAUUUUACAUCCAGUAAAAAGCGGAGCCUUCUCCCAAUUGCGGAGAAAUAUCGAGAGGUUUUCAAGUGUAAAAGAACAGAUGCAAUAAGCAGCGGGCAGAAAUUAAAAGCACGGGAGGAAAUUCACCAGAUAUUCAACAAAAGAAGGGUAUCUCCGGAACAUCGUCCUGCUAGUAAACUGAAGCUCUUAUGGGACAAUAUUAAAAGACAGACCAGAAAGAAAUUAAGCACCUUGCGCCAAAAAACGUUCAAAAUAGGAGACAGAAGGAACGCAGUUAAGAAGAACUUUUUCUGCAGGCAUGUCAAGGAGGUCAAUGGUCCAACAUCAGAUCCGAACGGGAAUCAAUUUGAUGACGACGGUAUUUCAAUGUGCACUAAUGAAGUCACUGGCAGCUUUGGAGAGGACGCGGAAGAUGCAGAAAGGACAGAAGGCACUGAUGCGUUUUCUGUGUUUCUUGAUGAGAACGUAGAGGGUUUAGAAGAAAUUGAGACACUGGGCAACCACAUUGAUUCAGAUGAAGAUUGGUGUGAAUGGAACUCGAUAAUGCUAAUGACACAGAAAAGUCAUGCAUUAUCGGUUCACGUAGAUGGUGCAUCGACUUCGGCAUUGCCUUCGCCUCCAGCGUGCAGUACCACUGCAGCGAUAGGUUCAACUACAGCAACCAUAAGUGAAAAACUGCACAAGCAAAACUUUUGA